UUUAACCUGAGUCGGGUUAAUGACGCCAUAUGCUGGAAUCGUCCAAUUAGAACAUAACCGCCAUAUUGUUGGUUGUGCGAUUCGUUCAUGCGCGAAGGACACAACUUUUGCCGUGUUUUAUGACGGAGUCGAUCUACUGUUCUUUCUUAUACUGUGACCGAGCAGUCCCGAAUGCGCAUACGUGCACAUGUGCUUCCAGACUUGCAUGAGCAAAAACGUGGUACUGUGGCUCACGGAGAGCCAGAAAUCCAUAAACUCAUUAAGAAGAAGAAGACUUGCAUGUGCUCUUGGUAUUUCUUUAUAGAGUCUUGCGCUUCCAUCAUUUCCUUAACUCAUGUAAAUCAAGGCAAUUAAAAGAACGGUAUCAACAUAAUCACAAAUCAUUUUGAAUCAACGAGUAUACGACGAAAGCACAACAAAAAGUUAUGGCAGACUACGUAUUGGGCGAUAUAAAAUCAACGGAUGUGCCGUUACCGGACGAUGGCUUGUCAGCCGCGCAGCUAUUUACUGCGGGUGACGGCCUCACUUACAACGAUUUUAUUAUAUUUCCGGGAUACAUCGACUUUACUGCAGACGAAGUCGAUCUGCUAUCACCGUUAACCAGAAAAAUUAUGCUGAAGGCGCCUCUCGUAUCGUCGCCCAUGGAUACUGUUACAGAAUCAGAUAUGGCUAUAGCUAUGGCCCUGUCCGGUGGAAUCGGCAUUAUACAUCAUAAUUGUACUCCCGAAUAUCAAGCCAACGAGGUGCAGAAGGUAAAAAAGUAUAAACACGGUUUCAUCAGAGAUCCAGUUGUGUUGGCACCACAUCACACGGUCAAUGACGUUUUAAAUGUGAAGUCUGAGCAUGGUUUUACUGGAGUACCCGUUACAGAUACGGGUAAGGUUGGCGGUAAACUUUUAGGCAUUGUCACCUCUAGAGACAUUGAUUUUCUCGAGCGUUUGCCUGAUUAUCAACGCAAGACGCUUAGUUCCACAAUGACGACUCUGGAAGAUCUCAUCACCGCGCCAGCUGGCGUAACAUUGCAGGAGGCAAAUGUAAUAUUAGAAAAAUCGAAGAAGGGAAAGCUCCCCAUUGUCAAUGAUCGGGGCGAGCUUGUGUCUCUGAUGGCGAGAACCGACUUGAAAAAGAACCGUAGCUACCCAAACGCCAGCAAGGACGAGAACAAGCAAUUAUUGGUAGGGGCCGCGAUAGGAACGCGAGAGAACGACAAGCAUCGACUGGAAUUGCUCGUAACAGCUGGUGUAGACGUGGUGGUAUUGGAUUCUUCACAAGGCAAUUCGAUGUAUCAGAUUGAUAUGAUCAAGUAUAUUAAGUCUCAACAUCCAAAUUUACAAGUGAUCGCUGGUAACGUCGUCACUACUGUGCAAGCCAAGAAUCUUAUAGAGGCAGGAUCCGAUGCGUUACGCGUUGGAAUGGGCUCCGGAUCUAUUUGCAUAACCCAAGAAGUAAUGGCUGUGGGACGGCCGCAAGCAACAGCCGUUUAUAAAGUUUCCGAAUAUGCCAGAAAAUUUGGAAUACCUGUAAUAGCGGACGGUGGUAUUCAAUCUAUCGGUCAUAUUAUCAAAGGUCUUAGUUUAGGCGCUAGUACAGUUAUGAUGGGCUCCCUUUUGGCUGGAACAUCUGAGGCCCCAGGCGAAUAUUUUUUUAGCGACGGAGUUCGACUUAAAAAGUACAGAGGAAUGGGUUCUUUGGAAGCCAUGGACAGGAAGGACGCCAAGGGUUCGGCGAUGGAUAGAUAUUUCCAUAAUGAGAUGGACAAACUAAAAGUAGCUCAAGGUGUCAGCGGCUCUAUAGUGGAUAAAGGUUCAGUGCUUAAAUUUUUGCCUUAUUUAACUUGCGGGAUUAAACAUGGUUGUCAAGAUAUCGGGGCUAAGUCACUUACCAUUCUGCGAUCUAUGAUGUACAGCGGGGAAUUGAAGUUCGAAAGAAGAACACAUUCAGCUCAGCAAGAAGGCAACGUGCACAGCUUGUUCUCAUACGAGAAAAGACUUUAUUAAGUGAUUAAUGUAAACUCGUAAAGCACGCGUCAUGCGAAGAGGUACCUGCAUUUAAUCGAAUAGCAACUAUUUUCCAAGAUUAGAUAGACUUACAAGAGAAAUUGUUAAUCUCUUUUACCUGUUGCGAAUGUGCAAUGAGAUGUAUCGUUAACUUGGACUUGGGAAUACGACUUAUUUACCUCAGAAUUGCUUUUGACGAGCGGAGAAACUACAUUAAAUCAUUUUCAUUAUAUUGCUCUCGUUAAUGAGUAUGUGUCGUAGCUUGCAAUAUACAGGGUGAUUCAGAACGACCCAUGUGUCCCUGUAAAGACGUGUUCUUGGAUAAAUUCUGAGAUGAUUUUUCCUGUACGAAAAUUUUGUCCGGC